AUGGAUCCUAGUUUGGAAAACUGCGUGAAGGCCGUCAGAAGGAGUAAAGAGGAGAAGAAAGUUCUCAGAAAACAAUUAAAAGCGAGUCACACUUUGCUGAAACAUGAAGGCAUUAGCACGACACCGCAGCCCACCAAGAGUUUGGUGGUGGCUAACGGCGGCUUGGGGAACGGCGUCAGUCGAGAGGAGCUUUGUGCAGCGCUGAAAGAGAUGGGGGAGGUGGAGACCCUGAUAAUGCCACCUCACAAGCCUUAUGCUUUUGUCACAUACAGAUCAGACGAGAGUGCUCGGAAAGCCCUCAUCCACCUUAAUGGACAAAAGCUCCAAUGUGGAGAGAACUGUGUCACACUCUACCUCAGUUAUGUCAACUCAGUAACCUGUGAGGAGGAGAAGAAGUCUGUUCCUUUGCCAGAGGGAUUAAUCUUGGUGGAAGAUUUUGUGUCUUCAGAGGAAGAGGCUCUGUUGCUUGCUGCUAUAGACUGGUCGUCCACUGAUGACAGUGUCACUGUUCAAAAAGCUCUGAAGCACAGAAGAGUCAAACAUUAUGGGUUUGAAUUUCGCUACGACAACAACAAUGUGGAUAAGGACAAGCCAUUACCAUCAGGUCUUCCUGGGGAGUGUCUGCCUGUUUUGGAGCGAUGUCUGAAGAACGGACACAUUGACAGUAUGCCAGACCAGCUGACUGUCAACCAAUAUGAGUCUGGACAGGGUAUUCCUCCUCACGUGGACACUCACUCUGCCUUUGAGGACACCAUCCUGUCGCUGAGCCUGGGAUCAAAGACGGUGAUGGAAUUCCGUCAUCCUGAUGGUCGUCUUGUAUCUGUGGUGCUGCCGGGACGGAGCCUCCUGGUGAUGAAGGGAGAGAGCAGAUACCUCUGGACCCAUGGGAUUACUCCUCGGAAGUUUGACAUGGUUCCAACCUGCGAUCCACAAUCCCAUGUCGGUACAGCUUCUGACCACGGGACCAACAGCAAUCUCACCUUAAGCAAGAGGGGCACUCGCACUUCUUUCACUUUCCGCAAGAUCAGACAUGAGCCCUGCCGCUGUGCCUUUCCCUCUACCUGUGACAGUCAGGGAGCCCCCUCAACACCCUCGCCCUCUCCGCCAUCUCCCCUUUCCCUUCCUUGUUGCCAUGCCGACGCAACCCGUCUGGAGGAGGAGUAUGUGCACCGGGUUUACGACGCCAUCGCCUCCCACUUCAGCAGCACUCGCCACUCCCCCUGGCCCCGUGUUUGCCACUUCCUGUCCUCGCUCCCACCUGGCAGCGUGCUGGCUGAUGUGGGCUGUGGAAAUGGGAAAUACCUGGGUGUCAACCCAGAGGUGAUUGCGGUUGGCUGUGACCGUAGCAGUGCUCUUGUGCAAAUCUGUGCAGAGAGAGGUUUCCAGGCGUUUGUCUCCGAUGCUCUCACUGUCCCUCUGCGAACAGCCUCCUGUGACGCCUGUAUCUCCAUAGCUGUCAUACACCACUUUUCCACACAGGAACGUCGGCUGGCAGCAGUGAGGGAGCUGCUGAGACUUUUGAAGCCUGGAGGUCGAGCGCUCAUCUACGUUUGGGCUUUUGAACAAGAGUACAACAAGCAGAGGUCCAAGUACCUCAAAGAAAAGAACAAAGAGCAUCCUGAGAACCUCUGCCCCAUCGACAACGCAUCAGAGGACAGACAGGAGCUUCAUGGGAAAUCCAGAAUCCGUACCAGCAGACAUUUAGAAGACAAAGACAGCAUCCAAGAUGUUAGCAAAGUGACUGAUGGCAAAUUGAGUGUACACACCAACCGCACAGCCUUCAACACCCAAGACCUUUUGGUUCCCUGGCAUCUGAAAGAGGGGAAAAGACAAGGUGAGGAAGAAUCAGGAGAGAGUGGAAAGAAGGACAAAAGGAAAGACAAGUCCAAAAAGACUUCAAGUAACUCUUGUUCACCCUCUAGUUUGAGUUCUGAAACCAGAUUAGACUGUAACAGUGACCCCAACUCAAGUUUUGACUCUAGCAUGUCUCUUGGAUCAGGUCUUGACACCAGUGACGCCACUCACAGCUCAGAUUCUAAACCCAGUCCAAAUGGUGACACCGCACAGACGUCCAGCUGUGCUCUGAAGUCUGAGUCUGAGAGCAGUCCAGCACCCGUCUUCCACCGCUAUUACCAUGUGUUCCAGCAGGGGGAGCUGGAACAGCUGUGUGGUCAGGUGGAUGGGGUCAAAGUGCAGAGCAGCUACCAUGACCAGGGAAACUGGUGUGUCAUAUUAGAGAAGGACUGAGGGAGAUGAAUUGACUGACGCACAUAAUUUAUAAUAAUUUAGCUACAAACACAUGUUGGGAGACGGUAUGAAUUCUGCUACAUGAACCAUUUAAUGCAACGUAAAAUGGAAAACUUUUCAUUUGUUUAAAUGAUGAAGAGAAAAAUGAACAGAAAAAAUGCUGCAAAAUAAA